CUACACUCUUCACCUAGUUUCAUCCCUUUUCUCCUUCUAUCUUCCCACCCACCCCCUCUAUAAGAAUUUUUCCGAUCAUGUUGUCCACUAUUCUGUCCUCCGAUGGGUUUUUUCCGAACACCUUCCCUUCUUUUUACGAUGAUUUCACUCAAUGGAAUUACAUCGAACUGACUUCUAUAUUCCCUGAACCAGGGGUAGAAUCGGUAUUUUCACCAAUGCAAUCCCUAACCCCUGAACCGGUAAUUUCACAUGACCCCGGUUCAGGCUCUGACAAAUCUAAACCCGAGUCUCCUAACGAUAGCCCGAAUUUGGCUAUAAAUGAGAGAAAACGAAAGCGUAUGAUAUCGAAUCGCGAAUCAGCGAGGCGAUCCCGCAUACGUAAGCAAACACAUUUGGAGAACUUGAGGAACCAAUCGAACCGGCUUAAACUUGAAAAUCGGGAUUUAACAAAUCGGGUUCAGUUGGUAAUCGGUCAUUACCAACUUGUUGAGAGAAACAACGAGAUGCUCCGAGUUGAAUCGGUUUUACUGCGACAAAGACUCGAGGGCAUACGUGACAUCUUAAUCACACGACAACUUCAGCAACAAUUGUACAAUUCCGCCUUUGCAUGGCCAUGCAAUAAUUUAUACGCGGAACAAAGACCACAUAUCAUUAAUCAACCUAUAAUAAAUCAUCAAUAA